AUGCCGAGGCUGCCAUCGACCAUCCCUGCGUUUUGUACAAGGGCACCCUCCUCAGUCCCCCACGGCCCGCGCCUGUGGUGCGUUACGUCCUCGCCUAAAGCGCAGCUCACCGCCGUGCUGGUGUUCCUCUCAACGUUUUUCCUGUCCGCGGUCGGUUCGGAAUUUUCGGACACACACAAUGAGGAGGUCGCUGUCGACCCGUCCGCUUCGAUCAAAACGGAGCAGCGCAUCGUGUUUGCGAGCAGUACUUUUACUUACGUCUCAAAAUACCUAUUUCAUCUAGGAUCUGAUUCGUAUGCAAACAUGUUUCAUGCAUGACAAGGAUAUCAUAAUCAAACAUAACCUUACAGCGGCCGACGGGUUGCGAGAGCAGGUCGAGGCUUUGCUCCACGAAAACAGGCUGCUCACCGCAAAACUCCGGAAUCAUGAGCAGACCUACCGACUACAAAAAGCUGGGGCGAACGAUAAGAAAAAAGAACCGGCUCUUGCGUCUGUGACCGCCAGUACUUCUUCCGCUCCUACAUCCUUCAUUGAGUACAUGGUCACGACUUCGAGCGGCAAUACUACCCAACCAGCGGUGGAAGAAUACCAAAACCAAGGAACGGGUUCAUCCGCGAGUCCAGCUUUUUCGGCUGCGCAAAAAACUACGAAUGGGAGAGAAGAUGAAGAGGAAGAAGCGACUGAGGUGAGCAACCUCCUGGAUUUAUUGGUGCGCAACGAACAGAUCCGGGUUGCGGCCGAGCUGCGGCUGGAGGAAGCGGCGUCUAAAAGAAAACUCGCGGAACACCGCGAGCGGGUGGCGCAGCGGGAACUGGACAACGUCGACCAGGUGAGCAAGGGCGUGGUGGACAUGCUGAUGCAGCAACUGAAGAAGACGACGAGCUUGUUCUUUUCCUGGCUGGAGGAAGCCGGAAACGAUUUCGUCGACACGUUGAUUACCCACAUGAUCCAAGAGUUCAACCUGCGGGACAAGAACGGAGAUUUGGUCCUGGACAAGGGCGAAUGCCCGAAGCCGCCGGAUGGCGCCGACCUGAAUGAGGAUGACAAACUCACCCCGGUGGAAGCGCUGGCGUAUUUGCUCCAAAACAUUACGCAGGACGCGGGGAAUGUGGUCCCGGGGGAGGCGACGACAAAGGACAAGGCGCAGUCGGGCCAGGGCAGUCUGUUGGAACUGGCCCAACAUCAGAGUAGUUGGCGGACGUUUUGGUCUGAUUGUUGGAGGAACAGCAUGUGCGGCGUCGAUGAGGCUGAGGCUUCCUUCGAAGAGGCUGGGGCUUCCUCCGAAACUGGCGAGACUGAGUCUUCCGUGGGAGAUGUGCGGCGUCGAGAGUCUUUCUCCGAUCUUUGCGGGAUGUGCGGUUGUCCCGAGCGUCCCGACCGCAAAACCGAGAUGGAAGAGCUGGAAGAAUGGGACCGGCGAAGAUACCGUCCGCCACCAUAUGGAUAUGAACCCUUUCCCCUUGACCCUAUGGAUGCUGGAGCGCGGUCAAUGAGAAUGAAUUGAAACGGAGUGCGAAAAAACUGCAGCACCCUCAUGUUUUAUCCAUCAUGAUUCGCGAGCAAAGAAUUCUACUUACUUGUACCGGAGCGACUGUACUUGUCUUUUCCGAAUAGAUCAAAGACACUUGUUUUCUGCUGAAUGACAGGGAGCAAAGAAAGGUUUGAUCCGGGAUGCUCGGAC